AUGGAUCAUAUCAACCUCCCCAUCCCGCAAGGAAACAACAUCACCGACGCUAUCCGUGCAGGCAUCCAACGGCUCACGUAUGCCGAAGGGCGCACGUUUUCUGCGGCAUGGACGGCCCUCGAUUGGCCGAAUGCCAAGAAGCAGGCUAAUCUGGUCAGAUCUUGGGGUAUCAAGCAACUACUUGAGAUAUGGAACAAAGCCAAGGGUAAGGAGGCGGAUGCUAUGCUAUGGGGUGACGAGGUCGAGUACUUGGUCGUGUCGUACUCGGAGCAGGAUCCCAAAGUCCUGCUGUCGCUGAAACAAGCAGACAUUCUCGAGGCCUUAGAGCAUGAUAAGGGCCUCUCCGAGAAAGCCAAUGGCCAAAAUGGCUCCAGCCCACAGACCAGCCAGCCGCCUCCAGUGUUCCACCCCGAAUUUGGCAGGUUCAUGCUCGAGGCUACCCCUGGCAAGCCUUGGGGGAUAGAGUUCAAGGAGCUCCUGGAGGUUGAGCCAAACAUGAAGUUGAGGAGGAGGAUCGCUAAAGAACACAUGCUUCCCAAUGAGUAUCCGAUCACGUUGACCACCUUCCCGAGGCUGGGAAGUCCGGGCGUGUUUACUGAUCCCUCCUAUCCGGUUUCCGGCCCCAAGCUGAGGUCCCAAUUCGUACCAGACGAGAUCGCCAACCCUCACAUCCGUUUCCCCACGCUCGCAGCAAACAUUCGCUCGCGCCGUGGCCGGAAGGUCCAAGUAAACGUUCCCGUUUUCAGGGAUGAGAAGACACCUUGGCCGUGGCGGGAUCCGACGGUCAACUACGACCUACACCAGUGGCCAGAGGAUGACGACGUGCGGAAUGGCGCUGCACCGGACAACUUUAUCCAUAUGGAUGCUAUGGCCUUCGGCAUGGGCAGUUGCUGCCUGCAGAUUACGUUUCAGGCGAAGAACUUGACCGAGGGGAGGCAGAUGUACGACCAGCUCAGCCCGCUCGGUCCCAUCCUGCUUGCCCUGACAGCGGCUACGCCCAUCUACAAAGGCUUCUUGGCAGACACGGAUGUGAGAUGGAACCAGAUCAGCAACGCGGUGGAUGACCGGACUCCCGAGGAGUUGGGCGAAAAGCCUCUCGUCAACGACCGCUGGCGGAUACCCAAGUCCCGCUACGCGUCCAACUCGACCUACAUCUCGGAGGACGCUCGGCUGCGGCCCGAGUAUCUCGACCCGGACCUCGUCAUCGACGAAGACAUCAAGCAGCAGCUCCUCGAUGGCGGCAUGGACGACAGGCUCGCCACCCACUUUGCCCAUCUCUUCAUUCGCGACCCCAUCGUCAUCUUCUCGGAGGACCUGAAGGAGCUGGACCUGAGCAAGACGGACCACUUCGAGAACAUUCAAAGCACCAACUGGCAGCACAUGCGCUUCAAACCGCCGCCGGCUGACAACAGCAUUGGUUGGCGCGUCGAGUUCCGGUCCAUGGAGGUCCAGAUCACCGACUUCGAAAACGCCGCGUUUGCGGUCUUCAUCGUCCUCAUCACCCGCGUGAUCCUCAGCUACAACCUCAACUUCUACAUCCCGAUCACCAAGGUGGACGAGAACAUGCAGACAGCCCACGCCCGUGACGCCGUUCUCACUCGCAGGUUCUACUUCCGCCGCAACCUGUUCCCGACCACCCGCGCUGCCCGCAGCUCGGCCUCGGGGGCUUCGACCCCGUCCACCGCGGCCAGCCGCCCGCCGACGCCGACCGGCCCCGUCGAGAACGAGUACCGCCUCAUGAGCAUCAACGAGAUCAUCAACGGCACAGCCUACGCCAAGGCCACCGCGGCCGUGGCCGCCACGGCCGCUAAUCGCGGUGAUGACCCUAGCUCGCAAACCGACGCCGUUGACAAGGACGAAGAGGACGAGUUUCCCGGCCUUAUCCCGCUUGUCGAGAGCUACCUUGACUCGGUCAACGUCGACGUCGACACGCGCUGCCGCCUGGCCACCUAUCUCGAUCUGAUCCGGAAACGCGCCAGCGGAGAGCUCUGGACGGCCGCGAGGUGGAUCCGGCAGUUUGUGGCCAGACACCCAGAGUAUCAGAAAGAUAGCGUCGUCGGAGACAAGAUCACAAAGGAUCUCGUCGCGGCCGUGAUUCGGGUGGGCGAGUUGGAGGCGCGGGGCGAGGCAUUUAGGGAUGUUCCCGAGGUUGAGGGGUUCUUGCGGGAGUUGAGGUAG